GUGACAGCAGCACGGGACUCGUGGACUGCGGGCUCUUGUUGUACGAGGGUCGGUAUUUGUCCGCGUCUCCGUCCCUCCAGCGGGGCCGUCUCCGCUGCCCUCCUCGGUCUCUGUAGGAGCAGGCUCGGCUCACCUCGUCAGAAGCGAGUGUGCACGCGGUUCUUCCACACAUUUUCAGGGCGAAAAAAUUGAACUUUCCCGCUUCAGGGUUCAAAAUAUGUUCAGCUAAACUAAGUUAACACGCAUUCAGUGUUUAGCUGUUUAGCCUAAGUUUAUUUCAGGAAACAAAACAGUUACUUUUUCACGACGAUAGCUGCAGUAAACCGUGUACGCGGGGACUUGCCCGGGCAGGCUGCUGUUAUGUCACGUGACACCCGGCCGUGAUGUACAGCAGCCCCAAGAUGGCGACAGAACACAGACAACUGUCAAAAUUCAAAAUAACAACAACAACACAGCACACCGUAUUAAGUUAUUCCACAAUACUACAAUAUUACGUGACACACAUACAAACACACACACACAUGGUCGUGUGCACAUUUCUCUGUACACGUGGUUGCAUCGGGAGUUGUCUGUCCAGUUGUUGCUAUGGUGACAGUAAACCCGGUCGAAAGUCAGGUAUGCCUUCCGUUAGCCUCUCGAGUUGCUACACCUGUGUGGACAUGGACAUCAUCAGCAGCAGUUCAUGAAGCAGAGCCAAAGAAAAGGGUUCCCUGAAGAAUGAGAACUGAUGUCAGAACGGAGGCCAUCAGGUCCAAACAGUCUGUCCAGCCGGGCCAGGAGGGACACCAGGCUACCAAUAGAGGUAACGCACCACGCCCAGACAGUGGGGAAACAGGAGGUUCAUCAAAGGAUCAGAAGGUCACAGCUGUGGUCCAGCAAUGCAACCAAGAUGAAGGCAAAAGUCCCCAAACGAGUAACCCUCCUGAGGGAAAAGUUUGCCGCAGUUCUGUCAGUUUACCUGUUCUUAACCCAGAGAGAUUAAGGACAGCCAAAGCCCUUACAGAACAAGCUGUCAGGAUGCAUAAGGUAUUCUCUGUCCAGGGCCCGUACCCUGCCGUCAGGGCAGCAUUGAGGGCCAGAGGCUGGGUGGAGCAGCGCAUGCACCGCCCAAACCACAACUCUCGCAGAGCCAGCACUAACGAUGCUGGUGACAGCGAUGACGAUAACUCAGACGAUCUCGAAAAAGAGCAGGAUCCAGAUGGACUAUAUGAUAUCAUGUCUCGCCUGGUGCGUAAUGAAAAGGUUUAUUUCUAUUGGACCAACCGUAGAGACACCAUCAACACCAGGAGUUUGCAAAAAGAACAGAUUACAAAUCAUUUUGCAAAAGCAGGCAGCUUCACCACCAAGGUGGGAUUGUGUAUGAACCUGAGGAACCUGCACUGGUUUGAUUCAGCCGACCCAGACACCUUCUUCCCUCGCUGUUACAGACCAGGAGCACAGGAUGAGAAGGCUGCUUUCAUUGAGGACUACAGGAGGACAGCCUGCACCAGUUUUUUGAAGUACAUUGUGGAGAGGGAGCAGGGUGUUCAGGCAGAGGGAAACAGACACAACCUUCAGCCUGUGAGGAUACGAAGCAAACUGCGAUCUAGUCCAGUGGUCCUUUCCCAAAUGAUUAACAGCGCACUCAGAGUAUGCCAAGAGUUUCUAGAGAGACUGGAGCAUGGUGACAUUGACGUACCCUUAGAGACACCACAAACACUAGAGUUUAUCAACGGCUACUACCUCGUUGUUCAUGAAGGAGCAGAGGUCGAGAACAGUGAGCCUUUUGUGACCUGCUGCAAAGCAAUGCUACAGAGGCUGGUGGAGGUCAGUCCACAGCUGGACAUAGACGGCAUACACAACAUCUGGAUCAUCAAACCAGGAGCAAAGUCCAGGGGCAGAGGUAUCAUUUGUGCCAGGCGUCUGGAUCGGAUCCUCAGUCUGGUGGACACUAAUCCAACCCUAAGGAAGGAAAGCAAGUGGGUAGUGCAGAAGUACUUGGAGCGUCCUUUGUUGGCACAUGGCACCAAAUUUGACGUGCGCCAGUGGUUCCUGGUCACCGUGUGGAACCCUCUGACUGUGUGGUUCUAUAAAAAGUGCUACUUGCGCUUCUCUACGCAGCCUUACUCACUAGAUACACUGGACAGCUCUGUCCACCUGUGCAAUAACUCCAUCCAGAAGCACCUGACACCCUCCAAACAACGCCAUCUCGGUAUCCCAGCAGACAACAUGUGGUCGGAUGACCAGUUCAGGACAUUUCUGUCCAGCCAGGGCCGGGAAGCUCAGUGGCAGACGGUGGUGGUCCCCGGGAUGAAGAAGGCUGUUAUCCACGCAUUACAGACAACACAGGAUCUGAUGGAUUCACGCGACAACACAUUUGAGCUCUACGGUGCUGACUUCAUGUUCGGUCCUGACCUGCAUCCAUGGUUGAUAGAACUCAAUGCCAGUCCCACGAUGGCUCCCUCCACCCCUGUGACAGCCCGCCUCUGUACUGCUGUGCAGGAAGACACAUUACGCGUCGUCCUGGACCGGAGGGCAGACCGCACUGCAAACACUGGAGACUUUGAGCUCAUAUAUAAGCAGGCAGCAGUAGACAUGCCACAGUAUGUCGGGGUCAACCUACUUGUUGAGGGCUACAACAUCAGGUGCCGCCGCUCACUUCCUCCACUGCAGUCCUCCGACCGUUCAGCACCAAAACACUGCAGCCCCGUUAAGGAGAAGGAACCUAAAGCAGAAAAAGUAAAGCCUCUGCCUAAGAUGUUAAAGAGCGCUGAGACUCAGCUGAAAUGCAGGGGGGUUCCACCACUUCCUCCUGUACAAGCCCCCGUUAUAAAGCCUUAUCACGUCCACUGCCAAUGAUCGUGACAUCCAUCCACCCAGCCACUAGUGCCCAGUUUUACUCUGUACUUUUGUGGUAUCAGAGGAGGUCCAACCCUGUACCUCUUUGUCUCUUUCCAAAACAGUCCAGACAAGCAGCACCUUGAGUGCCUAAAACACGUUAAAAAGGUUUGUUGACCAAAUCAUUGUCGAACUCCUUCAGCUUGAGCUUUCUGGCUGCCGACCUCAUAAUAAAGUCAGAAUAUAAUAGAUUGCCAUGUCUUGUUUUUUUACUCACUACUUUCUUUUAAUUUUCUUUAAUGUGAUUCAACACAAAAUUGCCUCUGUGAAUUUGGUUAAUCCCGGAACAAGUUGUCAACUAUUUGUACUGGGUCUAUUUAUUUGGUAGAGUAGUUCAUGUACAUGUUCACAGCAAAGUGUGUGGAUUAUCCAGAGCAACAGGGAGACCUUUUCAGGAAUGUUGCUGUUGAUUUUCAUAAAGGGCAUUUUCAGUGCUGUGAGCAUCAUAAAAGAAAUUCCCUUCACCACCUGUGUAGUGUGGUGGAGUCAAAAAUCAAGGCUAAUAAAAACAAA